AAAUUUACAGAUGUUCAGUUCAAGUGCACAACCGGUAACGUAUUUCCUUCUUUAAAAAUUCUACGCAACUGCCAAGGUUGCCACAUUACAUCACAAUUAGGAACAAUUUCUUUGGCGAGGCUCGUAGUACUGACACAAACACUGUUGAAAAGUAAAAUUUUUCCGUUUCUUAAUUGUAGCUCUACGGUUAACGACAUCUCAUUGCGGUAAACUUUUAAUUGCUCACAUUUUGAAGAGUCAAAAAUAUACAAUUUUAAAAUAACUGAGCGAAAUGAAUGCAACUUCGAUAUUUGCAGACUACUCUUGCUUCGAACUCGAAGCAAAAUCAAGCAACAAUGUUCUUUUUCAAUACGCGAUAAAUGCUUAGAUAGAAGUGGAGGUAAGUGUUAGUGAGUUACCGUCCAGAACUUGCAUGAUGUACACAGCCGCGCGGACCACAGUUGGGGUAUAUACCCGGGGGUACAUAGUUGGGUUAGAGUCGUAGACAUAGUUGUAGAAGGCUUGUGAAGUUGUGGGUACAUUUGUUAAAAAGAAUUAAGCUUUUACUGCUUUAGAAGCUCAAUAUUUAUCGAAAAGAUACAAAUGCUUUAUUAGAGGAGUUAUUGGUGUGCGGAUUAUUUUUCUCUUGGACAUCCAUUCAUGUCAAAAAAUAAAGAAAAAUGACAUGAUCAUGCAAUCAAAGCUCUAGAAAAUAAGAGCUUAGAGAAUAUAGGUUAAGAAUGGUGUUUGAUUUUGAUGUGAAAAUCUUCUGUCAGAACCUGCGUGCCACUAAACCACCUUAUGAAUGCCCUGUUCCGGGAUGUUCUAGAAUUUACAAAAGUUUUUCCGGAAUUCAGUUUCAUUUAUACAAUUUUGAUCAUGAGAAUUCUGUUGUUAGUCCACAGUCAGCACCUCUGCAGAAAUGUAACCAGAAAAAAGGAAGGUGGCACCACAGACAAAGCAGACGAUCUCCAUCCCCUCCUGAUUAUUUUCCCACUGCUCAGGAAGCCUUGACAUAUGCCGAAUCUCAGCGCGUUGUUGAAGUGGACGUAGAGGGGAGAACCCAUAGAAUCAGUAUCAGCGAACCAAUAAAUGUUAUAAUAGCUGAUGUAGUGGAGAGUGAAACAAAGAAACAUGAAGAAAAGUUAAAACCUGAAGAAAAGCUUGAAAAACCUCCUUCAAAAGUAGGAAAGAACUCGGAAAACUCUAAGAUUCACAAGGAAAGUGGAUCAACUGGUCCAAAGCUUCCAGAGGCAUCAUUUCGAAUACUUCCUGAUUACGAUGCUCCUAUUGCUCCAGCAAGACCAGCAGUUUAUUACAAGUUCGUGGAAAAGUCUGCGGAAGAACUGGAUGAAGAAGUAGAAUAUGAUAUGGAUGAAGAGGACUGCGCAUGGCUUGACCUAAUGAACACAAAGAGAAAAACUGACGGUUUCCCAGAAAUUUCAGCUGAUACUUUUGAAAUGUUGAUGGACAGGCUUGAAAAAGAAUCCCAUUUUCAGAAUCAGUGUUCUGGGAAAGAUGCAAGUUCAUCUGUUGAUGAGGAUGCUGUUUGUUGCAUCUGUAAUGAUGGAGAAUGUGAGAACACCAAUGCUAUCCUUUUCUGUGAUAUGUGUAAUUUGCCUGUUCAUCAAGAGUGUUAUGGAGUGCCAUAUAUCCCUGAAGGUCAAUGGCUGUGUCGACGCUGUCUCCAGUCGCCCUCACGUGCAGUUGACUGUGUGUUGUGCCCUAAUAAAGGGGGUGCUUUCAAGCAGACAGACAAUGGGCGGUGGGCCCAUGUGGUAUGUGCCCUAUGGGUUCCAGAAGUCUGCUUUGCCAACACUGUCUUCCUCGAACCUAUUGAUAGCAUAGAAAACAUCCCACCUGCUCGCUGGAAAUUAACGUGCUACAUAUGCAAGCAACGAGGGUUAGGGGCAUGUAUCCAAUGUCAUAAAGCCAACUGCUAUACAGCAUUUCACGUAACUUGUGCUCAACUGGCAGGAUUGUUCAUGAAAAUGGAAGCUGUUCGAGAAAGUGGUGCUAAUGGAACUUCUUACAAUGUUAGAAAGACGGCUUACUGUGACGUCCAUACUCCUGCAGAUAAUGAUGGGGCAGAGGAAGAUGAUGGGAAGGUUGAUAGUUUAAAAAAGGCCAAAGCUAAAGCCAAGUCUCGUGAAAAGAUGAGAAAGGCAAGGAAGAUUCUUGCUGAAAAGAGAUCAGCUGUUCCGGUAGUCUCUAUUCCAACUAUUUCUCCAGACAGACUAACCAAGGUAGCAGCGAUGAUUUCCAUGCCAAAGAAACACCAGUUUCUACAGAGGUUGCUAGGAUACUGGACCUUGAAGAGACAGAAUCGAAAUGGAGUACCUUUGCUAAGACGAUUGCAAAUAGCUCAUCAGACUCGUCGGGAUCAGGUUUGUUGGCCU